AUGACCCGACGUUGGGAAUCUCCAGUAAGAGAUAUUCAUCUAACUGGUGAAAAGGAAGAGGAGCAGAAGUUGAACAUAGAAGACGGUUUGGUGCACGGAAAUGCAAUGUGGACCAGGAAACCUUUCAAGAACUCCUUGUAUUUCCGAACGGUGACGAUGAGAUGGAAAGCAAGGAAAAUCGAACCGCAUCUCCAAAUCUUCCUGUCCUUCGUCCUCUUUCUGAAUGACACGGCAAGCGACAACGUCAUUCGAUACAUUGUGACGCACCCCAAACCAUCAGUGAGGAUCAAGGAGAUUUAUUCGGGACGAAUGACUCAGUUUAAGAAGGGAAACUUGCAUCUUCUUUCAGAGAAGGAAGACAGACGAGGGAGAGCAAAGAUGAAGGACCUCGUUCGAAACAUCCUACGGGGCAUCAUCGUCUUCGUAUCGACGGCUAUUGCUUUCAACCAAGUGAUAGCACUGAUCGAAGAGUUCCGCUCCGUCCCUAUCAGCACGUUACAAGAGAAGAAGCGAAUGGAUAGGGUGAGAGCCCCAGCCUUCACUUUCUGUCCUUGGCCAUCCGUCAACGCCAUUUCCUGGGCAAAAUGGAAACCAGGCGAUGACUACUCCUCCGGGAAUUCAACGUUCGCCGAACUCUUCGAAAUUACGUCGGUCGCGUGGAAUGACAUGAUUCUAAAUAUUUCACGGGACUUCUCCGACAGCCAGACCAACUGGUCCUUUGUUAAACGCGCAAACGGAGAGAAUAUAUGGGAAGAUUCACAAGGCAGUCAGUUGAUUGAAAGGACGGUUUUCUCAUACGGAGACAAGGACGACAUAUUACUCGCAUAUUACAAAUGCUUCACUCUUCUCUUGAAUGAAUCCAUCAAGACCGGUGCAAAUACAUCCAGAUACAACUACUUCCAAUUCGACUUGUCGGAGCUCGAGCCCUGCAGCUACUGCGACGAGAAGAAAUUCAUGGAGGUUUACAUCCACGACCAGAAAGAGCCAUUCUCGAGCUUCUUGGGCGCUUUUGCGGCCGAGAAAAUCACGCUCUACCCUGACUUGGCUGCUCAUGUGCAAAUUCGUCCUGAGUUCUGGGAGCAGCUUGACAGGAAGAGUGACCCAUGCCAAAAGGAAGAAAAUUAUAGUUACAUGAGGUGCAUUGAGAAUUGCUUCUGGGAGAAAGUUCAAUCGCACAAGGAACUCCCAUGUCUCAAUCCAAGGCUUCUACCGAAAGAGGCAAGCUUGAACAUAUCCGAAUGCAAAACCGUCGUCGAUGAAACGACGCAGUUUUCCAUCUUGGACCAGUACUUGGCGAAAACCGAUGAUUUGAACUGCAGCUGCCCCGUUCGAUGCAAGUACGUAGACUACCGCGUCACCGCCACCACGUUCAAUGCGAACUGGACAGGGAUGUACUUCAGCAUUCCAUCGAUGCGGGUGCUUCAUCUGAAGGAUACGGUGAAGAUGAACACGCUGGACCUGCUGUCCAGCCUCGGAGGAAUCGUCGGGAUCUGCCUCGGCAUCAGCAUCGUCUCCGUCUUAGAUCUUGUUUUGGAAUCCUUCUUCUUCUUGUGGACCGCCUUCAAAGGAAAACUUGGAGUCAGUGUCGACGGGAAGACCUGA